CUUUCUUUCUUUCUUUCAGUCACAGAAAUUUGCAGUAAACAACACUCCCUUAAAAUUCCCACCUUCUCAUAUUCUCUCUCUUUCUUUUGUUUAACUUCCAAAAACGAACUCUUCUUCUUCUUCUUCUCUCCUCUCUUUCAAGCAAUCAAAAAUCUUGAUUUUCUCUCUCCUCAAAAUCUUGAUUUUCCUUAAUUAUUACUCAUACCCUUCACUAAACAAGUAACAAUAAUCAAAACCCAUAAACAUCUUUUAAUCAUCAAUAAUCAAUAAUCAUUUUCCAGUGAUGUUAUAUAGUUUUGUAGUAACUCGGAAAUUAUAACACAGUAAAAAUGACACUUUUAUUCCGAUCUCGGUCGAGUCGACUCGGUUGUGACUCGGUUAACUCGGUUCUGAGUUCUGAUGAAGAAACAGAAGAAGAAGAAGAUGAAGAAAAAGAAAGUUUUGAAGAAGAAAUUGAAGAAUAUGAUCCAAUUUCAACACCAUUUAUAAGCCCAGGAUAUGAGAAAAAUAGGAGAGAGAAUGGUGGAAAUGGGCAGUUUCCAAUAUUGACAUUUAUGGCUUCAGCACUAAGAAAAUCAUUGCUUGUAACAUGUAGUGUGGAGAGAGAAGAUGUUUCAUCGUUGGAAAUUAGUUGCCCAACAAAUGUUAGACAUGUUUCUCAUGUUACAUUUGAUCGUUUUAAAGGAUUUCUGGGUUUACCUGAUGAAUUUCAACCUGAUUUUCUUAAAAGGGUUCCUAGUGCAAGUGCAAGCGUGUUUGGUGUUUCUCCUCAGUCAAUGCAGUGUUCUAUUGAUGAGAGAGGAAAUAGUGUGCCCACUAUACUACUUAUGAUGCAAAAGCGCUUGUAUGCGGAAGGAGGCCUUCAAGCAGAAGGAAUAUUUCGGAUCAAUGCUGAAAAUAGCAAGGAAGAGUUUGUUCGGAGUCGAUUGAACAAAGGGAUUGUUCCACACGGAAUUGAUGUUCAUUCUUUAGCAGGACUGAUUAAGGCCUGGUUUAGAGAAUUACCGAAAGGAGUGCUUGAUUGUCUUACACCAGAACAAGUGAUGCAUUGCAAUACAGAAGAUCAGUGCAUGCAACUUGUAAAACUGCUUCCGCAAAUGGAAGCUGCACUUCUUGACUGGGCUAUCAAUUUGAUGGCAGAUGUUGUGCAGAAUGAACUUCAUAACAAGAUGAAUGCACGGAAUAUUGCCAUGGUCUUUGCCCCAAACAUGACUCAGAUGGCUGAUCCAUUGACAGCGUUGAUCCACGCUGUACAAGUGAUGAAUUUCCUCAAAACUUUGAUUGUGAGAACCCUGCAGUUAAGAGAAAAAUCUGCAGCAAAAACAAGUGAGUUGUCAUCAGGUUCUGACUCUUCAAACACUGCUACCAACAUUCCUCACAAGUCUAUUUCAAUUGGAGAAUUGAUUUUUGAGAAGCAGCAACAUACAAUCACCAGCACCGAUGAUCAGCGUCACAGCAAAAAGUUUCUAAGAAGUGGCACAUUAGACCGACUAGAAUUCAGUCCCGAAAAGAAACAUCGAAAAUCUCAGAAGAAAAGCAAUGAUGAAUUAAAAAGCAUAUAUGGCUCCAUUUCGGGUGAUGGUUCUCCUGUUACGUCUGUGGCUGCCGAGUCAUUAGAUGAAGACAGAGACGGGGAAGGGAUCUUGGAGAGGUUAAAUCUCAGAAAAGGGGUGAAAAAACUUUGCAGGCAUCCUGUUUUCCAGUUGAGUAAACCUACCAAGAAAACAGCUGAGCUUGAGAUUGUAAAUAGUAGAUGAGAUAAUAAUCACUGCUCAAUUAGAGUAACCAUUCACCAUCAUAUGUUACUCUUAGCAUUCUUUUAUUUUUUGUGCUUUCUCUAGAUUUAUAGUAAGUUGCUGUGUGAGGAUGUUAAUGUAGAUUUAACCCAGGGUUGUUAGGUGAAUUUUAGUUAGUACUACUGUUUUUGUGACCUGAGAUAUUGCUUUAGUUAUAUGAUUUCACUAUAUGUAAUAGCUUUGUCUUUAUUACACCAUUAUAUUUUCAA